AGUGUCGGCCAUUGUGACCACGGGGAGGAACGAAGCAGCAAGCUGGUCAACGCAGGUAGCGAGCAGCUCGACAUAACAUACACAGGACUCUGCUCAAGAAACUUUACGUAGACAGAUCUCAUGAACAUCCUUCUCUUCAUCCCACCCGAAAACAACCCCACAAUGUCGGAGACGCGGAAAAGAGUGACGCUGGUGGCAAAGAAGUCUCCACAUAUUAUUCACAAACGAUCUGAGCAAUCAGACCACAGCAAUCCUUUCCUGCAAGGAGCUCCUGUAGCUAUUGCUGCUAAGAAAGACCCCAAUACCGCACAGAGGGUCAUUCCCCAGUGGGCCAGAUACGACCAGCCCUUGCGGUGAACUCAGCUGUGAUUGGAGGGAUGGGCAUGACGUCAUUCGAAGUUAUACCAUGAUCCCUCACGCCGGAAGUUGGAAGGAUGGCGGGGGUCUUGAAUGUUGUUGAUUUAAAUUGUGAUUACUGUUCUUGUAAAAAUGUUUCAGAAACUAUUUUCGUGAUAAAUUUUCUCCCUAAACGAGACCCCAGAAGAAGGAACACUGUAUCUUUUCAAACAUCCAACAUUCACCAUAAUAUAUUUAUCUCUGAGUUGUGAGUCAUGCUUUCACUAGUGCAGGUAAGAGCUCCGCUUUGAAUCACUGUCAUUUAAUUUUGUAAAAGGAAAACAUCGCAGUCACCAGUCACUUUGAUCGACGUAAGGUUUUAGUUUCUCACAGAAAUUACACAAGCAUAAUUAUAAUAACAUUAAUUCAUUGUUCUCGAGCCUGUGUCAUCAGCUGACAGUCAAUCAAUGUCUCUAUCUAUUCUUGUAAACGAAAUCCAUGAUGUAUUAUCCAAAAGUCACUCACCGAAACAUUUCCAAUGAUUUUGUGCUUUCUCACUUUAUGUGCGAUAAAAAAAAGGCUUAAAUAUUGAACCAUGAAGUAUCUAAAACAAGAGAAGGUAUUCCUAAUUAUUCAAGGAGGUGUGUAAAUAUUGAACCAUGAAGUAUCUAAAACAAGCGAAGGUAUUCCUAAUUAUUCAAUGAGGUAUUAUUUCACCCCUUCUUCAGUCAACAUCGUGUUUGUAUAUCUGGAAUAUUUUAUUAUUGAUUUGUUUCUUUACAGGAACUUGUUUUGUUUUUCUUCUGACGUGGCACAAAGUACUUAAACUUGUAACAUAGGGACGCGCAAUAAAGAAUAUAAUACAACACCUC